AUGCACCCCAAUCCCCGACGGGUAGGCCAGGGCUCCCACACCGGGCCAUCAGACAGGCGUGAGCGCCAGGCAGGCGCCUGGGCACGCAGGCUCCAACAAAUGGUGGCGUUUGCUCGUGAAGAUGCAUGCUUCGACGAGGGUUCCAUGGAAGGGUAG